AUGGGAUGCAUAAACACGACCAGUCCAACAGUUAGAAAACAAUGCAAGGAGCUCAUCCGACAGACGCAAGGGUCAAGUCCCUGCGUGUCCCAAGCCAAGAACAGAGCCACCAAUCAGUUGUGUGGCUGCGGGCUGCUCGGCGUGGGCAUCUGGCUGUCCGUCUCUCAAGGCAGCUUCGCCACCUUCUCGCCCUCAUUCCCCUCGCUCUCGGCCGCCAACAUGGUCAUCUUCGUCGGGGCCAUCGUCAUGGUUACGGGCUUCCUCGGUUGCCUGGGCGCCAUCAAGGAGAACAAGUGCCUGCUCCUGAGCGUGCACUCCAAGUUGGUGAUUAAAGUCAAAGUAUCUGAUAUGUGCCGCUUAGAUUUCCACUUCUCUUCUCCUGGGAAGCCGUGUCGAGAUUAG